CCCCCGCGGUCGGGCGCCUGAGCCACCAUGUCGUUCGCGCUCGAAGAGACGCUCGAAUCGGACUGGGUGGCCGUGCGGCCCCAUGUGUUCGAUGAGCGCGAGAAGCACAAAUUCGUCUUUAUUGUGGCCUGGAACGAGAUUGAGGGCAAGUUUGCCAUAACUUGCCACAACCGGACGGCCCAGAGGCAGAGGAGCGGCUCUCGGGAGCAGGCGGGGUCGCGAGGGGGCGCCGAGGCUGGAGGACCAGCGUCCGAUGAGAUCCGCGGACCGGGCAGCCCGGCGGGCAAGGGCCGGCCCGAGGCCACUGCCUCCGCGUCUCUGGGCAGGAGCCCAGGACCCCGGAGGAGCCCAGCUUGGGUGGAGGGCGCCUCUUCGCGGAGCGCACGCAGCCUUCGCGGGGACCCGUUGCUACGGAGUUCGGCUGGCAGAGGAGCGGAGAGUCCUCUCAGGAGCCCAGUGCGGGCCAAGUCUAGCCCGCUCCGGAGGGAACCUGCAGCCAGAGAUGUGGUUGGGUCCUCCGCUGCGGUGGCCCCGCCGGCGCCCGGGGAGGCCCCGGUGACAUCCGUGCGGGUGGUGAGCACCUCUGGGGCGGUCUCCGAGGAGAUAGAGGUGCUAGAAAUGGUGAGGGAGAACGAGGCAGUCUUGACGCUCUCGGACUCUGGGCAGCCGCCGCCCGCCGCCGACCUGGAGUCCUCGGCCGAGGAGUGCAGCUGGGCCGGGCUCUUCUCCUUCCAGGAUCUGCGCGCCGUGCACCAGCAGCUGUGCUCUGUGAACUCGCAGCUGGAACCGUGCCUGCCCGUGUUCCCCGAGGAGCCCUCGGGCAUGUGGACCGUGCUGUUCGGGGGCGCCCCCGAGAUGACUGAGCAGGAGGUCGACACUCUUUGUUACCAGCUGCAGGUCUAUCUGGGCCACGGCCUGGACACCUGCGGCUGGAAGAUCCUCUCCCAGGUCCUCUUCACCGAGACCGACGACCCAGAGGAGUAUUAUGAAAGCCUCAGUGAGCUGCGGCAGAAGGGUUACGAAGAAGUGCUUCAGCGGGCCAGGAAGCGUAUCCAGGAGCUCUUGGAUAAGCACAAGAAUACAGAGAGCAUGGUAGAACUUCUGGACUUGUAUCAGAUGGAGGAUGAAGCCUACAGCAGCCUUGCAGAAGCCACGACUGAACUCUAUCAGUAUUUGCUACAGCCAUUCCGUGAUAUGAGAGAACUUGCCAUGCUACGAAGGCAGCAGAUCAAGAUUUCCAUGGAGAAUGAUUAUUUAGGUCCCCGAAGAAUUGAGAGUCUACAAAAAGAAGAUACUGAUUGGCAGCGGAAAGCUCAUAUGGCUGUCUUGUCUAUUCAAGAUCUUACUGUCAAAUAUUUUGAAAUAACAGCUAAAGCUCAAAAAGCUGUGUACGAUCGAAUGCGAGCAGAUCAGAAGAAAUUUGGUAAAGCAUCAUGGGCAGCAGCUGCUGAACGUAUGGAAAAACUCCAGUAUGCAGUUUCUAAGGAGACUUUGCAGAUGAUGAGAGCUAAAGAAAUCUGUUUGGAACAGAGGAAACAUGCACUAAAAGAAGAGAUGCAGAGUUUGCAGGGUGGUACAGAAGCCAUAGCCCGAUUGGAUCGGUUAGAAGCUGAUUAUUACGAUCUACAACUUCAGUUGUAUGAGGUGCAGUUUGAGAUCUUGAAGUGUGAAGAAUUGCUAUUGACAGCACAAUUGGAAAGCAUCAAAAGACUUGUAUCGGAAAAGAGAGAUGAAGUGGUAUACUAUGACACUUAUGAAAGCAUGGAGGCCAUGCUAGAAAAGGAAGAGAUGGCAGCCUCUGUGCAUUUACAGAGGGAAGAGUUGCAGAAACUUCAGCAGAAAGCACGCCAGCUGGAAGCAAGACGUGGACGGGUUUCAGCCAAGAAAGCCUACCUCAGAAACAAAAAGGAAAUUUGUGUUGCAAAACACAAUGAAAAAUUCCAACAGCGCCUUCAGAGUGAAGAUGAACAUAGAACCCAUCACACAGUACAGCUAAAGAGAGAAAAAUUACAUGAAGAAGAAGAAAGAAAAAGUGCCUGGGUUAGCCAAGAAAGGCAGAAAACACUGGAUAGACUUCGAACAUUUAAACAGAGGUACCCUGGUCAAGUCAUACUUAAAUCAACCAGAUUGCGGCUGGCUCAUGCAAGAAGAAAAAGUAUAGCAAGUCCAGUGCCCUGUGAGGAUCAUUGCGACUCUUUAUCAGGAGCACUGCAGGUAAAAGAAAAAAUCGAAGAGGCAGAGGAAGGAAGCAGCAAGCUUGGGUCAUCACAGACAACAGAACCCCAGAGCUUUGCACAACUUGAAGAUACUUCAUUGGCACAACUUGAGGCCACUUCAUUACCUCUCAGUGGUGUUACCUCUGAACUGCCUCCCACUGUAUCUCUUCCACUUUUGACUAAUAAUGACCGUGAACCAGGUUCUGUUACCACAGAUCCACUCCCACCACCUCUUCCUCCAACACCACCUCCCCCUCCCCCACCACCUCCCCCUCCCCCACCGCCACCACCUCUGCCUCUUGCUAAGGACAGCAUCCCAGAGACACUGGAGAAAGGUCUGCCUAGAAUGGAUGAGAAUGAGAAGAGGAUCCCGAAGUCGGCGAGCGCCCCCUCAGCACACCUCUUUGAUAGCAGCCAGCUGGUGAGUGCCAGGAAAAAGCUCAAGAAGACUGCUGAAGGUUUGCAAAGGAGGAGAGUGAGCUCACCCAUGGAUGAGGUGCUAGCUUCCUUGAAGCGUGGUAGUUUUCAUCUGAAAAAGGUUGAACAGCGAACUCGGCCUCCUUUUCCUGAUGAAGAUGAUAGUAAUAAUAUCUUGGCACAGAUAAGAAAAGGGGUGAAAUUGAAGAAGGUACAGAAAGAAGUUCUGAGAGAAUCCUUCACACUUCUGCCUGAUACAGACCCUCUAACACGGAGCAUUCAUGAAGCUCUUCGAAGAAUUAAAGAAGCGUCCCCUGAGUCAGAGGAUGAAGAAGAGGCUUUGCCUUGCACAGAUUGGGAAAACUGACAAGUAACUUAACAGAAAGAAGAAAAUAUCUACUCUUGAAGAUGGGUCCUUAUUCUUUUGGAGAACAAAAUUUUAUAUACUUGUUUCCAUAAUUGGAUUUAUAUUGGAUCCAAAUUGUAUUGGUUCAAUGGUGAAAAAAAAGAAGCACAAUUGGCAGGUCAUCCUUCUUCCAGUCAUUCCAACAGAUAGUAAUUACCAUGAGUUUUAGAUAUGCAGUGUUAACUGCAAUGAAGAAAAGGCCUUCUUUUUUUCUCUCUUUU